AUGUCUGGUACUGCCUGUUACAUGAAGAAGAAGCUAGGCAAACCCACCUCCAACAAAGGCAUUAGAGGUGCACGUAAGAUCAAGGACGCCCCCAAGAGUUCGAGCAGCAGCAGUGUCGCCCCUUCGACUACGUCGACCAGCGAGAGUUCGACUACGUCCACAGAGUCUUCAACAAGCUCCUCUGGAGUGUCUUCAACAUCCUCGACUGGCUCAAAGAUCCCUGCGGUGAAUAGCACCACUUCUUCAACGACUGUUUCGUCGUCCGUGACAUUGACUACCGAAGUCUCGACUUCGAACGGUACCGUACCCAUUGUCACUGGACCUUCAAGCGGCCUGUCGACAAGCGCUACCAGUGGAGCACCAUAUGGUAAUGAAACCAGUAGCACAGUGUCUGCCGGUCCUACUGUGCCUGGCACGACCGACGAGACUUAUACGGCAUCUUCUACAUCGACCAUCUUCGUCAACACCACUAGUACCGUCCGCCUGAACACCACUUCUUUUGUUGGCCCUACAGCCCCUAUUGGUGUCGGGCCAUCCAGUGGUGUCUCUUUGAGCACUGCCAGCGGAGCGCCUUAUGACAACUCAACCAGCAGUUUGAUUUCGGCUGGACCUACGGCCCCUAUUGGAACUGGUGGUGCCUCCAGCUCAACUGUCCUGAUUAACUCCACCAGCAGUGUUACAUCGACUACAGCCCUUGGUACAGGCCCUUCGAGCGGCGUCUCUUCAUCGACCACGAGCGGAGCUCCUUAUGGUAAUGGAACAACCAGCGGCCUUCCCAUUGGACCCACCGGCACUGGUGUCUCGACUUCAGUCGUCACUACCAAAACCGUCAUUGUUAGCCCUAUCGGCACAGGUGCUUCAAGUGGCAUCCCGUCGAGCACAACCAGCGGUGCACCUUAUGGAAACGAUACUACAAGUGCUUUGCCUGUUGGACCUACCGGUACAGGCGUCUCUACCUCGGUCGUCAGUAACAGCACAAGCUCUGCCCUGAAAUCCACAGUCUCCCUCACCACGAGCUACAACCUCACCUCAAGCAUUGCCUCGACAAUCGUGACAGUUUCGUCGAACUCCACCGUCAGCGCGCCUUUGACAACUGCCCCCAUCGUUACUGGACCUUCGACUAGCCUGUCUACCUCAUCUGGAAUUUACCUGAACUCUACAAGCUCUGCAAGCACAUCCACCUGGGAUUUCAACAACUGGGGAGGCAUCCCAUCUGGCCACCCUGUCGCUACCAAUACUACUGCCUGCUCAGUGAAGCCUACAUCUACUGCUACAUGUGUCCGUUGCGAGGGUCAGCCUGGAACUGACAAGUACUGUGGUCUUACGAUCAAUGAUGAUUCUUAUGCCGUCGUACCCAAAACUUGCAACACUGUUGAGUACAGCCUCGAUUUAACCGAGUGCGUAAUUGCACCUGAUGGAGUCAGUCGUAAGGCACUCUGUGUUAAUGGACAAUUCCCUGGCCCACUUCUGGAGGCCUCAUGGGGUGAUGAAGUCGUCAUCCACGUCACCAACUCCAUGACUCGCAACGGAACCUCCAUCCACUGUAAGUUAAGCCGAAGGUACAAAUACCACGACUAG